AUGAGGUGGCAGCCCUCCGCCUGCCCCCAUGGCCCUGCCUACCGGGGCCCCCCGCACCCGCCGAGGCGGCGGUGUGUGCGGCGCCCUGCGUCCGUUGCUAAGCGACCGUUUCCACGCCGCCCGGGUAAGGCGGCCGUGGCGGCCGUCAUGGAGGGUGGGUGGCGGGAGGUGGCCGGGGUGCGCAUCGCCCCGGCCGAACUCCGCUUCAGGGACGCGGUGCCGGGGCGCUGCUACCGCGCCUCGCUCAGCGUCCAGAACCGGCGGGUGGGGAGCUGUCGCCUACAGCUGCUGCCGCCGCGCCUGCCCCAGGUGAGGGGUGGCCGGGAGGGAAGCGGUGGGGAGCGUUAUGCUCCGCGGGUAGCGCACAUGGAACAACUCCAGCGUGGGGGAAUAACGGUUGUGCCUCAUGAGACCACCCUGCCCCGAGUCCCGCAAGUCCGUAUCCUCCCCUCCUGCACUUUCCCUGAGGAAUGGGUACACAGCCCGCUCACCUGGGGCUUGCCAGGCCCUCCCGUGAGGUGCAGAGCGUUGCAUCUCGAGGCUCUGCUUUUAUUUUCGGCAGUUUUGCAGGUGGGACGUCUGCCCACAGGUUUGCCCGGCUUGGUGGGUCCUGUGGAAGAGGCUGCUUGGGCAGGUUUUAAAUUGAUUGUGGAAAAUCCAGAAAAGCCUGUUGCGUCUGGACUUCAAGUUACAGCUUUUGUGGAGUAUUAUCCUGAGAGUGCAAAAGAUGUCCAAGAUAGACUGCUUCUUUUAAUAGAAGAUGACAUAGUUGAUAUCCCCCUGCUUGGAUUAACUCCGUGCUGUUAUCUGGAAAUUCAGUCAGAGAUUAAUUUUGGUGCAGUGAUUGCAAACAGUAAAAUAAUUAGUAAAGAGAUUAGUAUUACUAACCAUGGAUCAUCUUCAGGUACAUUUAAAAUAUCAUAUGAUGGAGUUGUCCUGCUUAACGUAGAACCUACCAGUGGAGCAGUAAAGCCAAAGUCUACGAAGACAGUUAAAGUGGAUAUAUGCACAGAUGUACCCAGAAUCAUCAAAGAAGUGAUAAAAGUGGAGUUGGAAGGUCGCGGCCACACUGAAGUAUGGAUCAAAGCUGUUGUAGUUGAGCAAGUUCUUAAAGUCCUAGGAAUAUCCUGUGGAAGUGUAUUGGAAUGCAUUCACUUUGGACCAGUUUACUUUGGAUCUUCAAAGACUGAAGAAAUAUUUUUAUACAAUGAAAGUCCUGAGUGUAUGGACUGGGUAGCAGUACUGGAAGACAAUGCCAUUGGAGGAGAGAUGGGAACAGACCUUCAGAGGACUGCAGAUGCUGCUUUACAAGACUUAAGUUUCAAAAAUAUAAUAAAAGAUGUAGAUGUUUCCACCUUGAUCCUGUGCAUUCCCAAUCAAGGAACCUUGCUACCUUAUGAGAAAUCUUUGGUAACAUUGUGCUUUAGUCCAAAAAAGCUUAAAAGGGACUUUGGAGUGAAUGAGUCAUCACAGAAAGAAGAUUUUGUACUGUUUUUGAGAUUUGAACCAGUUGGGAAUAAAGAUGGCUAUCUGCAGGCCCUCAGUGGUGGUGCCACAGCAAUUGCACUGAAUCAUUGUCAUCACACGGAGUUAGCUUUGACAGGUUCUGGACUUCCUGUCAUGAUAACUUUUAAUCCAGGACCAGUUAUUAAGUUUAUGGACUGUUUUCUUGGUGAAAAAACACAAGUUCUAUGCACACUUAAAAAUGAAUCCGAGUCCCUUCCAGUAACAUUCAGCUUCCGCAGGACUGCUAACUUCAAUAUUUCUCCUGAAAAAGGAAUGAUUAAAAAGAAAUCUGCAAAGGACGUUAUAUUUUCAUUUUCUCCACAUCAAAUAGGAAAACUUAAAGUGAAGCAAGUUGUUGAUAUCAUUGGUACAGCAGUAGAGAGAAAUAAUUUACAGGUUUUGAAGAAAAAAUCCUUUCACCAAAUAUAUUUGAGCUUUAUUGGUGUGUGCAAAUCUAAACGAAAAAACGUUCUAUUCAAAAUUAAUCCUGGUAUAACACCAAAGAUUUCCAAUGCAACUGGACAUUUUGUAGCUGAUGAUGCAGGACAGUGCACUGAUCCAGCACCUGUGGCAAUACUUAAAUCAACCCAAACACAAAUCCAUACUCACCGGAUUAACAGGAAUUGUGAUGGUGAUGCACUUAUCGCUUUUCCUAAUGAUCGCGCAGCCAGCAUUAGGCCUGGUGAAUGGAAUAAGAAGUACAGGACUAUUUUCACAAAGACUGAGAGAUAUAAUUAUAUAGAUCCAGAGUUUUCUUAUACUGAAUGUGAACGACUGUCAAAAGAAGCACAUAAGGAAUACUACACAGACUUCAUUUCUAACUUAAGACAGCGUCGUUUACAGAAAAAUGCUGCUAGGCAAUUCUAUAUUUAUAAUAAUUCUCUGAACAUAGGCCUUAAACCAGCUGAAGGUCUUAUGUCACCAAAGAUCUCAGUCACAGAUUUUCACAAGGAGAAACUACAGUUCAAAAUGCUUCCUCUAGAUGAGAAUUGCCUAUUAACUAGUCGAAAAUUGACAGAAAUUGGUUCUGAAUCUUCACUCAAAGAAAUUUGGAGUGGGCUGAGUGCUGUACCAUCUUCUACCCAAGAGAAGGAAGAUUGUAAUCUAACUUUAACAUCCAAGCAGCUUCAUCAGAUAGUCAUUGGUCCUUCUACUAUGGAUUUUGGUGAUGUUUGUGUGUAUUCUACAACAGCCAGAAAACUGCACAUCAUCAAUAACCUAUCAGUUCAUAUAUGGAUCCAAAUGGAGAUUGAAUCUGAUGAAUUGCAGCAGACAAGUCCAUUGUCUCUGGUGGUGCCUCCUCUUACAAAGACUCAUAUUCCAAUUGUAUUCGAGACACAUACUCUUGGAAUGUUUAAGAAAUCUUUCACUUACACAAUAAACAGCCAACACCUUGGGCACGUGCUGGUGGUUGCAAAAACAGUGCCUGUUGAACUUGAGCUGUCUACAAGGGAACUGAUUUUAAAUCCUGUUCCUGGCUACGUAGCAGAGACAGAAUUUAGAACAACUGUCAGGGUAUGCAAUCCCAGAAACUAUCCUGCUGAGUUUACUUGGAAACCUAUUAUUACAGACAGAAGAACUGCAUUCUCUAUACAGCCAGCCAAAGGCUUUGUGGAAGCCUAUAGAGAUCUGGAAUGUGAAGUUGUUUGGCGUCCAGGGUUCAACUCUCCAGAAGCAGGAGAAUUCAACUUAUGUGUGCGUAAAGGAAACACAAUUAGAUUGAAAUGUUUUGCAAAGCUUGGCAUUACUAAAGUUCAGUUUGUGGAACAAAGGAUACCCUUCAGUCAUAGUCCAAUCGAUUUACCUACUUUUAGGACAGCCAUUCUUCGAAAUACAGGAUCCAAUCACGCGUACUUCCAAGUUCUUGAUACAAACCCACUCCCUGGAAUGAUGAUCACUCCUUCUGAAGGGGUGGUACCUGUGGGAGGCCAUGCUGAUCUCAAACUUUGUUUCACUCCGACUGCAAAAAUGACUUUUGAUACAGGAGUAGAGGUAGCAGUGCGAAAUUCAGGAGUACUAGUGCUUAGGAUUGUUGGAUUUGUAGAGAUCCCUGAAAUAAACAUUGAUGUGAAACUACUUGACUUCUGUGGUGUUUAUGCUGGUUCUACAAAAUCAAUUCCCUUUCUGCUGCAGAACAAAGGACAAGCGUGUACCAGAGUGGAGUUUAAUUUUUCUAAGUAUAAUGAUUUUAAACUGCAUGCUGAUGACCAUUCAGCGGUUGACUGCUGUUCUUCAAAGCCUUAUUUGUAUUCGGUCAACUUAAAGGGAAGGUCGGCUUUGCAAUGCUUCUUGUCCUUCAUGCCAAAGGAGGUGGCAGCAUAUGACUUCACUCUUCCAGUCAAUACUCCUGGAGCUGACUGCCCGUUGACACAGCCAAUCCCUGGAUCUACAACUUCUGUUGAAUCUGUGAAGCACAUCGUUAGUCCUCAGCUGCAGGCGGUGACUGGGGCUGUUCCAUUCUGUAGAGUUAAAGCAGUUGCACUUAAAUCACCAUUGGAGUUCUCCUCAAUGGAACUUAAAUUUGCACAACAUUCAAGUAGCAUACGCGUCAAUACUGCUGAUGAAAGAAAUCUUGACCUGAAGAAUACCUCAAGGCAACUGUUGACAUGGAAGUUGAAUUGUGAUGAUGCAGUCAAAAAUACAGAAGGUGGUAUUUUUAAAUUUAGUCCGCAGGCUGGAGUUCUUGACCCAGGAGAAAAAAUCAGUAUUGCUGUAUUCUUCUGCCCUUCUUGUCCUGGGACAUACACAUCUGAGGUAUCAGUGUGUGUAAAUGAUAAUCCAUCACAUUACAAAAUAACACUGUCUGGCACUGUGAAGUCACCAAAAAUAGAUUUCGAUCCCCAAUUUUUAAUGUUGAUGCCAGUUCCUCUGUGUGUGAAAACUGAAGCAACCAUCAACAUCAUUCCAAAAGACUAUUUAAGGAAAUCACAAAUUCAAGUGGAACUUCCAGAGCUUGAACUUGAAGAUGGUGACAGGAUUUACCCUUUUUCUGUACAGUUCCCAGAAGGAAAAAAUAUUGUUAUUUCAUCAGAUGGCACAAAUAAGAAACUAAUUUGUCAUAUCAGCUUCAGAUCGUUUAGGCCAAUGUCAUUUUUAGGGAAUAUGUUCUUCAUCGAUGAAGACAAAAACAGGUUCUCAAUUCAAAUUGCUGCAACAGCAGAGAAUUGCCUUCUUACUUUAUACCCGUAUUUGGCAUCUCACCGCUCUGAUCAACAAAUUAUCUUGAGAACUGACAGUAAGGAAUGCAGUAGUGAAAUUGUUCUACAUCCACGUUAUACUCCACAAUCACUUUCCCGUAGUAUUUCCUCAAGUUCCUUUGGUGCAACCACUGAUUCAACCUAUCAAGAUUCUUUAUCAGAGUCGGAUACUACUUUUGAAAGUGAGAGUGAAGAAGAGGUCACUGAUGAAGAGAUCGCUGAUGAAGAGAUCAGUGAUGAGAGUGAAACUGACAGUCAAAGUGAUGGGAGAGAAAAUAAAUUUGAAUUGUCAUUUUUUCCUGAUGAAGAUAAAGAGGAGUACAUCUUCUUUCAGAAAACCCUAACUGCUGUUAAGAAUUGGUUCACUCUCUUUGGUUGGUCUAAGGGACAAAAUCCUAUUUCAAUACCAUAUUCACUGAGACGUGAUGUGUGUAAAGUCCAGAUGAGCUCUUCACAAGAAACAGCUUUUAAACAAAGCCUUGGCAAAGAUACUAAGACUGUUUAUGACAUGGUAUUCCAUCUGAGUGGACAUUUGUUACCAGGUAUUACAUCGAGCAAGUCAUUGCCCCUUGAUCCAGUUGAACAAAUGUUACGGCUCCACCGGCAGCACUCUACAUUGCUUGCUUUCCUUAAAAGCCAAGGAGCAUAUCUUCCUCAUGUUAUGCCAGAAUUUCUGCUUGAACCUGAUGAUUAUAAGAAAUGGAUUCAAGUGCAAACUGCUCUGAGGGGUCAAAAUGAUGAGCUGGGAAAAGCUGAUGUGAAAAACUCAGAUAUACUUAGCAACAACCACCUAUUCAUUCUGGAGAACAGAACAUUUGAGACAAUGAGCAAACGAGCUUGGACAGAUGUGCUACUGCAGAUAUACAAGGGAUGGAAAAUAAAUGAAAAAAUAUUAGCUGGGCUUCCCAGUACAAGACAGACUCCAGUGAAGGGUCCCAAAGAUAAUUUAAGAGACGUGUUUGUUCUUCCACGUGUUUCUUCACGAAACAGUACUGAUCAGUUCAGCUUGGAAAGCACACAGAAAAUGCUGAGAAUAAAAUCUGAACCUUUAUCCAGUAAUAUAUAUUCUCCAUAUGAACGAACCAUCCUCAUCUGGCUGAAUAACCAUUAUGAGAAGAAUCGAAAAUCUGUGUGGAAAGAUUGUCAAAAAGGUGGAGUACCACCAAUGAGAUGGAUAGUAAAUUUUGACCAAGAUCUUCUAGAUGGUCUGGUAUUGGCAGCACAGCUGGCGGCUUACUGUCCAUAUUUGAUUGCUACUCACUUUGUAAGGAUGUAUACUGAGCCAAGAAUUCAUGAACAGUUUCUGCACAACUGUUUGAUACUUGUGGAUGCUAUGCGUGCUGUCAAUCUGUCUAUAGACGUAAAGGCCACUGACAUCUGUGAUCCAAACCCAGUCAUGAUGCUUAUUCUGUGUGUCUACCUAUAUGAAACUCUUCCUCACUACGUCCCCAAGAAGACUAUAGAAUUUACAGGUGCUCUCCAUGCAACUGUUGUUAAACAGGUGCGUCUGAAAAACCCAAGUGUUAAAACUUUGGUGUACAAUGCUACUCUUGUAGGAAGAGAUGCUGAUGAUUUCUCACUACCUAAAGGAAACACUGUCACCAUUGCCCCUAAGAGACAAACAAGCAUAAAUGUGGAAUUCACUAGUCGUUUUCUGCACCCUGCUGAAGCAGUGUUGCUACUGAUCUCAAAGAAUGUGGGUGGAAUAGAUGGUGCCACACUGACAUUCUUUCUGAAAUCUGAAGUCAACCAUAUUGAGCCUGCUGAUACAUUAAAAUGCAAAUCGCCAUGUUAUGAGCUGAAGAAAGUUAUCCUAAAUGUUACUAAUCCUUUCAGAAAUGAUGGCAUCUUCAGGGUCAUUUUGCUGGAAUCCAGAAGCUACUUAAUGCGGCCAGAGCAAGUAUAUCAAGCCAGGCAAGUAAAGCAAGAGCAAACGUUCAGUUCUGAAAUUAGCACAUUAAAUUGUAAAAACGGUGCACUGCCUGAAGAUCCAAAUGAAGAAAACAACUUAUAUUGCUCUGACCAAUCCAGCCUCCUGCAUGAGUUCUUCAGUCCAAUGGAAAAACUAUUCUUGGAAGGGAAAGGUUCUGCAGGCUUAGAUAUUCACUUUCUUCCUUUUUAUCUGGAAAAGCGAUACUGCACUGUCAUUCUGGUUAAUGAACUGGUAAGAAUAGAAACUGACCAAUCCAGCCUCCUGCAUGAGUUCUUCAGUCCAAUGGAAAAACUAUUCUUGGAAGGGAAAGGUUCUGCAGGCUUAGAUAUUCACUUUCUUCCCUUUUAUCUGGAAAAGCGAUACUGCACUGUCAUUCUGGUUAAUGAACUGAUUGGAGAAUUCGUAUACCUGAUAGAGGGAACAGGUGAUAGACCUUUGCCUUCAGUAUUGCUUCCAAUGGAUAGUCCAAAUGUUCUGCAUGUUAGCAGUACCUUAGAAGGUGCAGUAGAGCAUGUUUUAUAUUUGAAAUGUGGUAUUUCUCAGAUUCUUGAAGAAAAUCUGAGGAUUCCAUUGAUCAAUGAGUCAAGAGAGAGGGCUCUGGCCAUUGCUGCACAACAGCAGAUGUCAACUAUUGAGUAUGAAAGAAGAAAGAUAACAGGGACUCUGCAGAGCAGUAGUGUUCGAGUUGCAACUGCAUUGUUAGGGCUGUCCAGAGUAGAGAGACAUGCACUUUUGAAACCUUGUACGUUCUCCCCAGAGCUGAAGUAUGUGGAUUACAGUGUAGAAGUGAGCAUGCAAGAAUUCUUUGAGGUUCCUGAGAAGUUCUCUAUUCCAGUGUUGGCAUCAAGCAGAGUUAAUUUGCAAGUUCCAUCAGCCAAAGACCUUUCACCUCAGAAAACAGAUAUAAGUGAUGCAGUUGAGCUUCCUAUAAAAUUCAUUCCUCAGUAUGCUGGUUGCUACCACUGUCAGAUUUUUCUGAAGUCCUCCUGCGAUGUUCGUGUCUAUGAGAUUGAAUGUGUAGUGAAUACAGACCAUGCUGAAGCCGAGCUUGAAUUUCAAACUCCAGUUUACCAGGCAGUGGUUCAGGAUAUUCCAAUAAGCAACAUGUCCAGCCAGAAUUGGCAACUUGAAGCAAUUUUGGAAGGAGAGGGUUUUUAUGGCCCUCCUCUAAUAAAUGUGGGUCUCGGUGAAACAGCUCUGUAUCCUCUGAUGUUCAAGCCUAUUGCUGAGUGCAUAACAACGGGAAGGCUUAUUCUGCGAAAUAAUACGGCUGGCACUGAAAACAUCUUUAGCCUUAAGGGAAUAGGGAAGAGACCUCUGGCACAGGACCAUAUUGUGAUAGAUUGCGAAGUGAGAAAAGUCACUCAAAAAAUGUUAUGGGUGCCCAAUUAUACUAAGAACAGGUUAACAUACAAGGUAUAUUCAGAUCUUUCAAUGGUGGGUGGUGCACCUGUUAUUACAGUAGAACCAGAUGACAAAGUCACUUACACUUUGAGUGUAUCUCCGUGGAGACGAGGACUCUUUCAAGGUGUAAUUUCAUUUGUUGCUGAAGAUGAAGACCAACAGCAGUCUCGACAUAGCAGCUCACCAGAGAAGACAGAUGGUGAACAGGCCCUUCAGAAAUUGUCAACGGAGACACCACAAACUGUUGAUGCAGCAAACGCGGGAGAAAGUUCUUCAAAUUGCAAAGUGUGGUUCUCCUUAAAGAUUAACAGCAUACCUGCAGCACCAGAAAGAAAGAUAGAUGUGAAAUGCAGAGCUCUGGAUACUAUUGAAAUUCCUAUUCCCAUCACUAAUCCUGCAGAUAACAUUCUCCAGCUGAGUGUGGUGCUGGAGAAUCCAUCACUUUAUGGAGAAAAGGCUUUCACUCUUGGGCCCAAACAAACAUUUUUAUAUCAGCUACAGUUCUGCCCAGCUGUUGUUGGCACUUCAGAUGGAAGUGUCAUAUUCCUGUCAGAUAUGGUUGGAGAGUUUUGGUAUGCACUGAAGUUGAUUGUAGAGAAACCAUUGCCCACUAGUCUACCUGAAAUAGAAUGUGAACUUGGAAAAUGGGCUCGUCUAUACAUACCUCUCUUUAAUCCUACACAUGAAACUCUGGAACUAGAAAUUGUUAACAGCAAUCCUAUCAAUUUUUCAACUGAGACUUAUCCAAAACACUCUGUGAUUGUCACUCCUCAUUCCACCACUGAAGUGCCCGUGCAAUUCUGUCCAACUGCCCUUGGAAGAGGCAAUCACAAAGCAUCAAUAACCUUCAAAUGCUCACAGCUUAAAGAGUGGAUAUUUUACCUUUCGGGGUCUGGUCUUCCUCCUCAGCUGAUGGAACCAACCAGCAUAAGUGCACGUAUUGGCCAGCGUUCUGCUGUCAUCAUAUCCUUCAAAAAUCCAACUUCUGAAAACGUGGUGGUAGAUGUCAUGCUGACAGAUCAAGAGCUGUCCAGUCGUCGUCUCAGUGCACCUGUCCCAUCCAAGUCCACCAGCAAGGAAUCUGUUUUCCAUCUUCUGUUUAAACAAAAACGAGGAAGACGAUUAGCUCCAAAAGAAAAUCUGGACAUCCCAGUGUUAUUCACGCCAGAUACAAUGAAAAUGUAUGAGGCUGUGGUGGUAAUUCAUGUAAUGAGGGAAAAUGGUGAAAACUGGCCUUAUGAGGAUUCUGCUGAACUCAAUAAAGACUUGAAAAGCAGUGUUACUAUAGCAGAGAAUGGGGGAAUUCAGGGAAUACUCUGGAUCUAUCCGGUUCAUGGAAUACCUGAAGCACCGCAGCAGCAAUUAGUUCCAGCUGUGGUACACUGUCGAGCCAGACAGAGAAUAGAAAGAAGACUAGAAGUGCUGCUGACUGGUGUAGUCCCUGGUGCGACUGCUAUGCCUGCUGCAAGAACUUCUGCCACGGGCAAUAAAAAUAAGCCAGCCAAAAUCCAAGAAGAAGUUCAAGUCACUGAUGGUUUCUCUACAACAGUGGAAUUUCUGUAUGAAUUGCAAUAUACAUCAAAUGAAAUUAAAUCUCAUCUUGGAGCUUUGGUUGGUAUGCAUCUGAUUCAAAGAAAACGAGAUACAGAAUCUGGAAUCGUAACACUGAUCUUUAAUAUAGUGUUUGCACCUAACAAACCAAUGAGGAAUGAAGCAACUCUCGUAGUACAGUGCACUACAGGAGGUGUUUGGAAGUUUCCUAUGCUGUUCAUUGCUACACAGCCAGAAGUGGAUGAUGUUAUCAACAUUGAAGCAGUUGGCCUGAAUAAGGAAUCUAUAGUUAGCUUUAAUCUUACAAGCCAGACAAGCAACCCAGAGCCAUUCACUGCACACUUCCUGGCAGGCAGCGAUCCUGAGUUUCUUGUUCUGCCACAAGCUGGAGAACUACUUCCAGCAGGCACUGUGGGAACCCAUAUAACAGUGGGAUUCAAGCCAAGGAUGUACGGCAAGAAGCAUACAGCAACACUUGUAGUUGAGACACAAUCAAUGCAGUGGAUGUAUGAAAUCAAUGGACUGCCUCCACAGACCGUACCACCUACGAGGCGAGCAAAAGUGAUUUCCACCAGCAGUUACAUAAGAUCAGCCACAGUUCGGCAGCGCAAUUUUUUACAUGAAAAUCUGAAACUUACAACCACUGGAGUAUCCUCACCAAUCAAGGGGGCACCUUUGGUCCUGAGGACAACAUCAAGAAAGUUAUGAUUGGUUAUUUUUUUGGUGACAGAAGACAUUUUUGUCAAAUAAAUUCUGCAUAUAAA